AUGGCGACAACGAUCGACGCACCCGCACCUAAGGUGCUUGGGGUAGCCAGGCGCACCUUUGGUAUGGCCUUGCUGCUGCUUGUGGUGGUGCUGUGGACAGCGUCGAAUUUCUUAGGAAGUACCAUCUUCGCCGAUAAAACCUAUCCCAAACCCUUCUUCGUGACCUACAUCAAUACUUCGCUCUUUACCCUGCCACUCUUCAGUACGCUUAUCACUCGGACAUGGGGCCUAUGGCGCAGCAAGAAAUUGUCCCAGGUUCACUCGUUCCGAAGCUGGUUGCGACACAUGGACUCGGAGCAUCCCAAGCAUGAGGAGCAGCGUACGUUGCGCUCCGGUUCAUUUGACGAUGAUACCGGGCGCGAUCAUGGAAUCGAAGGCUCGCAGUAUUCGCGGUCCAAAUUGGACGAUGGAAAUGAGAAGUUGGGACUUCGAGCAACGGCUAAGCUUAGCUUAGAGUUUUGCCUUCUAUGGUUUGCUGCAAACUAUUUUGCUAUGGGAUGCCUCCAGUUUACGACAGUUGGAAGCACGACUAUUCUGACUUCUACUAGUGGUGUUUGGACGCUCGUUUUCGGUGCCAUGAUCGGAGUGGAGAGAUUUACUCUGCGCAAAUUCCUUGGAGUCAUCGCUUCGCUGAUGGGCAUCAUUCUCAUCUCACGCGUUGAUAUCUCCAACCCAGAAACAGGCGAUGCCACGGCCGCAGACAACGGGGGGAGCUCUUUCCCUCACAAGACUCCCACUGAGAUUGCCAUCGGCGAUGCCAUGGCUGCGUUCAGCGCAAUCUUGUACGGCGUGUACACGAUUGUGAUGAAGAAGCAAGUGGGCGACGAGUCGCGAGUGAAUAUGCCACUUUUCUUUGGAUUGGUGGGGUUCUUCAACCUUGUUCUCCUGUGGCCUGGAUUCUUUAUCUUGCACUGGACUGGGGUGGAGUCGUUUUCACUUCCAGAUACGCAGCGAGUGUGGACUAUCAUUCUGGUCAACUCGCUCUCGUCAUUCAUCUCCGACAUUGCGUGGGCUUACGCAAUGCUCCUCACAACGCCCCUCGUAGUGACUGUCGGUCUCAGUCUGACUAUCCCACUGUCCUUGGUCGGACAGAUGUUCCUGCAAUCCCAGUAUGCAUCUCCAGUAUACUGGCUAGGCGCUGUGAUCGUGUUCCUGUCAUUCCUGGUCGUCAACCACGAAAGCAAGACACAAGAAGAGACCGGCAUCCCCAGAGAAACGAGUAGACCAUCAUCGGGGGAGUAUGAGACCAUCCCUCGAGAAGAAGAAAUGCGAUAG